AUGGCAGAAAGGCAGUACCACUUGAAGUUUGGUGGAAACGCCGGCGCAUCGGUUGAUGCUUACCUGGAAUAUAAACGGAUAGUUGGUGAUGAUGAUGGUGGUGUCAUGUUUACACCAGAGCAAUAUGAAGCUUACAAAAAAAAAGUGCUGCCAAUGCGACUUAAAAACAGAAUAUUCACAGCAUGGGCAGCACCGAGUGGCAUGGACUGCAAACUUGUAGGUCCAGAAACAAAGUGCUUUUGUACUCACAAAUAUUCAAGUCACAAGACAGACUUUGAGAAUAUACCUGAUGACCGACCAUUACUACUGCCAUGUAAAGUGAAAGGUUGUGGCUGUGUUACCUACCAUUAUGUACCUCGCAAUGGAAGUCAGGCUCUGAGAUGUACAUGUAAACACUUUUCAGAUGAUCACGCCACAAAACAGCCAUACAAGUGUAAGACAGGUGGCUGUAAAUGUGUUGGAUUUAAGAGCUCCUAUACUUGUGGCUGUGGAGAACCAUACAAUGUACACCACAUGAUCGUGGAAACUAAAGAGGAGAGAUUAGCCAGAGGUCAUCCUGUCGGUCAAGAUGGUGUACCCUACCAGGCCAUGGGUGGACUGACCGGCUUCUCCUCACUUAUGGAAGGAUACAUGAGACUAGAUCCAAGUGGUGCAGGUGCACCUCCGCUGGAGUUUUUGGACCAGCCUAUCACCUCGUCAGACCAUCCAUUCUUGCGAGGAAAUGUCCAGUCUAUAAAACAUCAUCAAAUGAAACAACGAGCUAUAGCAGGAGGUGCGGGCCAUUCAGAUGAGACUGAUGCUGACCUAGCUGAGAGAAUGUCCGCAAUGCGACGACCAGGGGAGACAGACAUGGAGUACUUUGAAAGGAGAUAUCAGGAAAGGCAAAAAGCUGAGCGAGGAAGAGGUCGGGCCAAGGCACUUCCAGCUUCUAGAACAGUAGGAAAGAGGACUACACCUCACAGCAAACCACCACCAAAAACAUAA